AAUUUUCUCACCCCCAACAACACAUCACAAAGCUAUCAAAUAAUCUGAAAACCAAACUCCUCUCUCUCUCCUCCACCAUUCCCAAAUUCCCACCAGCCGCCUUCUCUCUCUCUCUCUCCUCCGACAACCCAGACACCGUCCACGUGUUCUCCCACCGGGAAAAACUACUUUCUACCAUCAAUCACUUCGGCACACACUGCCGUUUUCUCUCGCUAAAUUUUUUUCUCUCUCUCUAACCUGGAGCACCGGUGGCCUGUACAUGGAAUGACGGACUACCGGUUACCGGCUAUGAAUAUGUGGACGGACGACAACGCCUCCAUGAUGGAGGCCUUCAUGAGCUCGGAUCUCACCUCGUUUUGGCCUCCGCCGCCGUCCUCCGCCUCCACCUCCGCUGUCGUUGCUGACCCAUCUAAAGCUCCAAACCCACCAUCGCAGUCCACGGCGGUGUUCAACCAAGAGACCCUCCAGCAGCGCCUUCAGACCCUCAUCGAAGGCGCCCGAGAGAGCUGGACCUACGCUAUCUUCUGGCAGUCGUCGGUAGCCGAUUUCUCCGGUGCGUCGAUGCUGGGUUGGGGCGAUGGGUACUACAAAGGCGAAGAAGACAAGGCUAAGCGCAAAACGGCGCAAUCCUCGGCGGAGCAAGAGCACCGGAAAAAGGUCCUCCGGGAGCUGAAUUCACUGAUUUCCGGCAGCGCUGCUUCGACCGACGAUGCCAUCGACGAAGAAGUCACCGACACCGAGUGGUUCUUUCUGGUGUCAAUGACUCAGUCAUUUGUUAACGGAAGUGGGCUUCCAGGUCAGGCCUUCUUGAAUUCGUCUCCGAUUUGGGUCGCCGGAGCUGAGAGACUCGCGUGCUCGCCGUGCGAACGAGCGAGACAGGGACAAGUGUUUGGGUUGCAGACCAUCGUGUGUAUACCGUCGUCGAACGGAGUAGUCGAAUUGGGUUCCACGGAAUUGAUUCUUCAGUCAUCUGAGCUCAUGAACAAGGUGAGGGUUUUGUUCAAUUUCAAUAGCAUCGAAAUGGAUUCGUGGCCGAUUCCGCCGGAUCACGGCGAGACCGACCCAUCACUUUACAUCACUGACCCCUCGUCGUCUGGUGUUGAAAUCAGAAACUCUGAAAACCCAACACCGUCGACUACUCUCCCAUCUAACAAUCAUCAAUUGCCGAAGCAAAUCGUCUUUGAGAACCCUAACCCUAGUUCUAGUACUUUGACUGAAAACCCUAUUGCAAUUCAACAAACGCAAAUCCAAAACCAGAGUUUCUUUUCUAGAGAAUUGAAUUUCUCUGAAUAUGGGUUUGAUGGAAGUAGUGUUAGGAAUGGAAAUUCUCAUCCGUGUAAGCCCGAAACAGGUGAGAUAUUGAAUUUUGGAGAGAGUAAGAGGAGUUCUUGUAGAGCAAAUGGGAAUUUCUUUUCGGGUCAGUCACAAUUUGGGGGAACAGAGGACAUUAAGAAGAGGUCUCCGACCUCUCGGGGUAGUAAUGAGGAGGGUAUGCUCUCCUUCACUAACGGGGUGGUUUUGCCCUCCUCCGGCAUGGUGAAAUCGAGUGGUGGUGGUGUAGAUUCGGACCAUUCUGAUCUUGAGGCCUCAGUGGUUCGGGAAACAGAUAGUAGUAGAGUUGUGGAACCCGAAAAAAGGCCUAGAAAACGGGGUAGAAAACCGGCAAAUGGAAGGGAAGAGCCCUUGAAUCAUGUGGAAGCUGAGAGACAGAGAAGAGAGAAGCUCAACCAGAGGUUCUAUGCACUCCGGGCUGUGGUCCCAAAUGUGUCGAAAAUGGACAAAGCUUCACUUCUUGGAGAUGCCAUUGCAUACAUCAAUGAGCUCAAAUCGAAGCUUCAAACAGCAGAUUCGGAUAAAGAGGAAUUGAGGAGCCAAGUUGAGACCUUGAAGAAGGAUAUGGGUCGUAAGGAGACUCAAAAUCCAGCUCCACCACGACCACCUCCUGAUCAAGAGCUAAAAAUGUCCAACCAUGGAAGCAAUUCGAUAGACAUGGACAUCGAUGUGAAGAUUAUUGGUUGGGACGUGAUGAUUCGAAUACAAUGUAGUAAGGAAAACCACCCGGCUGCGAGGUUAAUGUCGGCUUUGAAGGAGCUAGACCUUGAUGUACACCAUGCUAGUGUGUCUGUGGUGAAUGAUUUGAUGAUCCAACAAGCCACAGUAAAGAUGGGGAGCCGAUUUUACACUCAAGAUCAGCUGAGGCAAGCCUUGUCGUCCAAAGUUGCCGAUACACAAUGAGCAAUAGUGUAGAUAGAGCUCGGCUAAAGCUUGUAGGACCACGGUUUCUUCAUCAUCAAUUGGUAAAAGGAGAUUAUUCAGUUUUGGUCCUAACUGUCAUAGCAUGGAGAGGAAGACUCCAGACAAACAUUGACUUGUUGUUCAAAUGUUUAGCACGUGUGCUUUUUUGAACUGGGAAAGGACGAAAAUUUUGAAGAAAUGACGAACAAUUUUGAUGGAUUCCAAUUUUUUUAAA